AUGAGCAAUUCCCGAAAGAGAUUAAUUCGCAAUUCACCAGAUAAAAAUUCAAAUCAUACAGAAGCUCUAUCAGAUAUUGAAGAAGAGUAUAAUCUUAACAAUUAUAAGUACGAUGGCAAAAGUUAAUAUGAUUAGAAAAAAUAAAGUGAACAAUAAUUAAAUGUCUAAAAGCAAUCUUAACAUUCAAAGGUAGAAAAACUAACAACACAGAUUUCUGAAGUAUUAGCAACACAAAAAACACAGAAAUAGACUAAAUCGUAAAUUCCAGCAUAACCUUAGAAGAAACCAUCCACUUAAAGAAUACCAAAUUAACCUAAUUUAUUUCAAUUUUUUGGAAAGUGUGUACCAAAUUAACCCUUCAUUUGGUUCAUAAGGGAAACAAAAGGAGACAAUGAAAAAACUGUCAGUCGAUAUUAAUGUUGA